AGUGCAUAUCCGCUUGUGCAACAUCCGGAGUAAAUAUGUCGACUCUGGGAAUAUCCUGUUACGAGGAUGGCUUUCGAUUGGGCGGUCCGCCAUCGGAAUGCUCCCUCAGAAGCAAGGCGCAGAUCGAUGCACUAUUUGAAGAUUCCAGAUCGAUCUGCAGCUCGACGUUGAGCGGCUGGUACGCCGGAUUGUCGGUCGUCAUCCCGACCAACCCCGACGACACGAGCGCGGAAGAGCAGAAAAGGGUGAAUAGCGCCGUCCAGGCGCGGAUCGAGGCGAUGUUCGCCUCGGUGGAGGCUGAAAGUGGAACACCCGGUGAAUGCGCCGCCGCUAUCCUGCCGGUAAAAUAUAUGGGAGCUGCUCCGGUUGGCGGACGAGUGGCGAGCGUGCGAGGUCUUCAGGAACCUCUUCGUCAGCUAUUAGAACGUAUAGAAGGGUGUGUCAGAGCCGAACUGGAGAUCUCCAGGCGCGGAUUAACGUUCCGCACGAGCGAAGUUUGUGAGAAGAAUAAUCCCUUUCGCAGGAUAGCGGUGUGGAGUGCCCUGAAGUUGAGAUGCAAGAGAAUAUCAUCCGGCGACGUGCAUCACGCUUUCUUACCUUUAGUCGGCGAUCAGGAUCAAAGGCACGCAGAGACAUUGGAAAAUAAACACGCUGAUCUCUACAGGACGAUGCGCGGUUUAAAAAGCGAGACAGAAUCGUAUCCCCCGAUCUUCGCCGUGGUGAUGCGACGACCUGGGGCUGCCAGGCUUCUGGAGUGUCACGGGUUCGCCUGCGAAACCGAGGAAGAUGCCGUGGCGGCUGCGGCCACGUUGUAUCGCGCUCUUCUCGCUGAUCUGGACGCGAACCGUCGUCGACCACGUCACGCGAACGGUGUCGGCUGCAUCAGUCUAGCCUCUGUUGUAUCUAGCGCCCGAGAGCCCAGCCUCAGCAGCAGGAUCAGUUAUUUGCUGCCUCCGCCGCCAAGACCGACCGCGCCGCAUCCUGUGAGGCCGCCCAGAACCAAGAAGAGUUCCAUGAGUAGCUCCGUCACCGAGGACGAAGGCACAAAGUCUAGUUUACAGAAGAUGCCGCGUAGGAAGAAGAAGAAUUCCGACGUGAAGGCGGAGGACAUCCUUGAAGCGCGUGGAAGAAGACGAGACGUCAAGAUGGAGAAGAGCAAAUUCGGACAGAGCAAUCGAGCCGUUAUGUUGUCCAAAAACGAGGAGUUACAGAAUUCGAAGAACAAGGUAUUUUCCGCCAAGGAUCAGAACUCCUUAAAAAUCGAAAUCGAGUCCGAAAAGCCUGAUAAAAUUUACAAUACUCGGAAUAACGACGCAAACGGAAUCUACGAAAGGCAGUCGAACAAAUACGAGAAAAUGUAUAAGCAGAAUAUCCCGAAGAAGGAACCGGCGAACUUGGAAGAUGAUAUUUACGACAGAAAUUAUGGAUCGUACAAUUUGAAUCGUGCGAACGCUGACAACUGCGAACGGCAAUUGUACUCUUCCAGAGCCGACAGUGUCUUGAUGUACGACAAGGUCGAUAAAACCGGAAGAAACGAGACAAAUUCUACUUACGAGCAAACUGGCAGAAAGAAAGAAAGCACUUACAGUCCGCGCAUCGAAGACGCCGAUAAGAUCUAUAGUCUUGGAAAGGAGGAGAUUUACAUCGGCAAGAAUAAUAGAAACAAUAAGGUGAAAAGCUCUCAGGAAGACAUCUUUACGAAGAACCUGAAGAAUAGCGGGCGCUAUCAGUCACGUUCGAAUGACACGAUGAAACAGCAGAGACGUUCACGAGAUCCAGAAAAUAUAUAUUCCGGUAAGAGACUCAGCAGAGUCAUAACUAUGGACAAACCGUUGAAGAAGGAGCAAUCGGAUCCUGUUCAUUCGCUGAAUAUGCCAGAAUAUAGUCGUCCUCGGAGAAGAAGAAGCAGAGCAGGCAGCGAGCCGCCUGUCAGUCAUUCGGAGAACAAGAUUCUGCAGGAGACUACGUUGAAGAGAUCGCAGAGCGACAUAGACGUGGACCGAGGUGAUCUAAUGACGAGAGUCGAGCUACCCAGAAGAGGCAGCUUCUUGACUUCCGGAAGUACCCGGAGAGCUAACAACGUCAAAGGCGGCACUCCUUUAGGAUUCACAGAACUAUUCGACGAGUUCAGGAAUCAGGAAGGUUUGACCAGCGUGGAUGACAUCUUGGCGGCUAUUAUAGAUCCGGAAGGUAUGUCGUUCAAUGAUCUGAAGCCAUUGUACAAGGAAUUCUUACUGAAACUGGCGGCAACCUUGACACAAGAUGAACUGUAUCAGAGAUCCGCCAGCAUCAUGAGAAGACGUCGAAGACCUCAGAGACGAAGAUCGAAUCGUCGAUCUUGUUUAUUGGGCAAAGCUAUCAAGAGAUCGGUCUCGAGGUUGAAAGGUGGCCCUACGGAAUUCACUUCUGUGAUAUUUCCAGCAAGGAGAUUGAACGACAGCUUCGGCAGUAGUUCGUCGUGCGACGUCAGAAACAAUCAUCGAAAUCGAGUACUAGCGAGUAGAUUCGGCAGGAGAAAGUCCUCGUGGAAAGCGAACAAGAACGGUGUAUGUCACACUACCUCGGAAGACAGCGAUACAUGUAGACGAUUGAGUCGCAGCAUGGCUGCUACCGCGAACAGGAGCAGCAGUGGCUACGUGAGCUGUAGCGAAUGUAGCUACGAUUCCGAGUCCUGCACGUGUGUGUCGGCGGACAAGUGUUAUUGCUCCUUAUCUAGACGGGUACCAGCUACAUCGGUGCCUGAUAACACGGUGGUCUGCGCCUGCGACACUGACAGUUGUUCCGAGAGCAACAAGUGUUACUGCGCAAGGAAGCCGAUACAGCCGACCAUACUGGAGCAGCUUAGGCAGAAGGGUAUCGUGCCCUCGGAGAGCACGCUCAGCAGAGGAGACAGUCCCGAGAGGAUCAGGGGAUCGAGAAUGACUAGCACACAUAGUUCAUCGCGCAACACCGAUUUUCUCAAGACUCGAUCAUCGCCGGCUUGCGGUAGUUCGGAUAACUUGGCCUUAGACUACGAUCUCUUCAGUCCAGGCCGGAGAUCCCAGCAGUCGUCCGACAGCGAAAAAGUCCUCGUAGUUAGCGCCAGGGAUACUCAGGGCCGUUUGGUUUACGUUGGCGGCGCGGAACGAGAUAAGAAGUAUUCCUCUCGAGGUAAUGGAAGAUCCGGAGCGCAUCACGAAGCGCUCUCCAUCAAGAAAAGCGCGGAAAUCGCAGCUGUCUUCGGCGCAGGAGAAAACAAUCGAAACUCGAGAAGGGCUAGUAACGCGUCGAGUAUAAGAAGUUCGAUCAGUCUCGAAGCUGGAUUGGGAUACUUACCUUGACGGAAACGUCCACAAAUUAUCUCCAUAAAAAAAGAAUCUUGAAUAAUUAAAAUAUUUGAUAUUUAUAAUAAUACACACGCGUCUCGUAACAGCUUGCCAUUCGUAUCAUCAUCGGAAAAGGAUCAGUCAUGAAUGCAUCGUGAUUCUGUUUCUUAGUCGUGUCUCGAUAAAUAUUAUAUGAUAUGCAACUACUUAUUUGUACCUGUUUCAUCCUUAAUGUUUAAGUUACAGAAAAUAUAGGAAUUAUUUAUAUGCUUUUAUCUCAAAGAUCUACGAUUAUUUAUAUGUGAAAGAUCAAGUUAUUGGAUAUUUUUUGCUACGUGUUGAACCUGAUAGCUUAUUAUUUAAAAUGGGGCAGUGCAAUAUGUAUGAUGAGUAUAAUACAAAGAGUCGAAUGUGUUAUGAAAAUACAUUUUCGUUAGUAUAUAUGUAUGUCUAUUGUUGUAAUUGUGU